UCGAAUCUAUCGCUCGAUUUGCCAACCUUCUUGGUGAAACGUGCGCGGAUGUACGAAGCAUACGCUUUGCGUCGGGCAACAAAUACUGGCUGGAGUUUUUGAUUCCCGCCAUCGGAACAUCCAAUGCCGAGCAAGUUUUGAUCGACAUUCUUCCAGCAGGAACUGUUUUCACCACAGUGCUCUCAGUGCUCUCCAUUUUUGGCAUCGAAGAACCCGCCUUCGUCGCAGCCAAUAACAUUAUUGUCAAGGUCCCUUUACACGAACGGCACGGAAUACCUUUAGAAGCAUCGUCGUCUUGGAAGAACCUUCUCACUAACCAAUUUGAAGAUCAAUGGCCGGAACUCUUUGCAAGAGGUAUCCUCAAGAUCGAUCUUCCCGAAGACUUGGUCUGAUUACGCUCGUUCCUGAUGGUGAAGGGUGUAGUUGCCGUUGAGAUGUGCAUGUUCUUAGUGCGACGAAUAGGAUGGUGUAAUAAUUAGGUUGAACGAUCGUAACAUAGAUAUCUCGC